AGGGGGGAGGAGCCACGGUCAGAGCGGGUCACAUGACCUUGCGUGUCGACGCCGCAGCCAUCUUGUGUUGUUGGGGCUGAGAAUUGGUUUUGGAUUCGAGAGACUCUCCGUCCGCGACCUCAGGUUUACUUAAAAAUAAAAUGGCAGCAGAAACUCAGACGCUUAACUUUGGGCCUGAAUGGCUGCGAGCUUUGUCUAGCGGUGGAAGUGUGACAUCUCCACCUCUAUCUCCAGCUUUGCCAAAGUAUAAAUUAGCAGAUUACCGCUAUGGGAGAGAAGAAAUGUUAGCACUUUUCCUGAAAGAUAAUAAGGUACCCUCAGACCUUUUGGACAAGGAAUUUCUGCCCAUUCUACAGGAGGAGUCCCUACCACCAUUGGCACUAGUACCUUUUACAGAAGAAGAACAGAGAAAUUUCUCUAUGUCUGUAAAUAGUGCUGCCGUCCUGCGAUUGACGGGGCGAGGAGGAGGAACAGUGGUAGGGGCUCCUCGAGGUCGAAGUUCCUCUAGAGGCCGAGGCAGAGGCCGAGGAGAAAGUGGUUUCUACCAAAGAAGUUUUGAUGAAAUUGAGGGUGGUUUUGGCCGUGGAGGGGGCAGAGAAAUGCACAGAUCACAGAGUUGGGAGGAAAGGGGCGACAGGAGAUUUGAAAAACCAGGGCGAAAAGAGCCAGCAAGACCAAACUUUGAGGAAGGUGGAACAGUAGCAGCAGGAAGGAAGCAUGAAUUUAUACGCUCUGAGAGCGAAAACUGGCGCAUCUUCAGAGAAGAGCAAAAUGGUGAAGAUGAUGACGGAGGUUGGAGACUGGCUGGUUCAAGGAGGGAUGGUGAGAGAUGGCGUCCUCAUAGUCCAGAUGGCCCACGUUCUGCAGGCUGGAGAGAACAGAUGGAGCGACGGCGAAGGUUUGAAUUUGAUUUCCGAGACCGAGAUGAUGAGCGGGGUUACCGAAGAGUGCGAUGUGGCAGUGGCAGUAUGGAGGAUGAUAGGGAUAGCCUUCCCGAAUGGUGUUUGGAGGAUGCAGAAGAAGAAAUGGGAACUUUUGACUCAUCUGGGGCAUUCAAAAAAUUCCUGUCUUUAAAAAAGGUUCAGAAGGAGCCAAUACCUGAGGAACAGGAAAUGGAUUUCCGCCCUGUGAAGGAGGGGGAAGACCAGUCUGAUUCAGACGGAAGUCACAGUGAAGAAGCCAAAGAACUAGAUAAAAUGCAUGUGAGGGAAGGGGUUACAGCAGAGCGAACAGCAGCAGAAGUAACAGAAGAAACAGUCAAAGAAUCUUCACCAUCCGCCAGGUCAGGUACUCCACCAAAAUCCCAGUCACAGGAGCCGUUACCAACAAGCCUGCUUGAAAGAAGAGAGGACCAUAUGCCAGAAGUAAUAGAAAAAACAGUGGAUAAAGAGAACCAAAUGGAGGAUAUCCCACCAUCCAAAGUGCCCAUUAGAGAAGAACCAGUUUCCACUGUCCAGCCUUCACCACCAAUUGCUCCAGAUGUACCUUCUCCUGCUCAUCUUCCAGACUCUAAUCCGCAUCCUGCCUUAAGACCUGUUCAGAUAUCAGUCACAGCUGCUCCAGGUAUGGGGAAUAUUCUUGCUGACCCAGAUGAUGAAGAGGGCCUCAAACAUCUAGAACAGCAAGCUGAGAAAAUGGUGGCAUAUUUGCAAGACAGUGCCCUGGAUGAUGAAAGACUAGCAGCCAAGCUUCAAGAUCAGAGAGCAAAGGGCUCAUCAGUACCGUUAUUCCAUGAGUCCAUGCAAAAAUGGUACUAUAAAGAUCCCCAAGGAGAAAUUCAGGGUCCGUUCAGUAAUCAGGAGAUGACAGAGUGGUUCCAGGCUGGCUAUUUCACAAUGUCUCUAUUGGUGAAAAGAGCUUGUGAUGAGACCUUCCAGCCACUUGGAGACAUCAUGAAAAUGUGGGGAAGGGUCCCUUUUGCUCCAGGUCCAGCACCACCUCCUCACUUGGGUGAGUUGGACCAGGAAAGACUGUCUAGACAACAGGAACUCACGGCCAUGUACCAGAUGCAGCAUAUGCAGUACCAGCAGUUUUUGAUGCAACAACAGUAUGCACUGGCACAACAGCAAAAAGCAGCCCUCUCAUCUCAGCAACAGCAGCAGCUGGCUCUCCUCUUGCAACAGUUCCAGGCACUUAAGAUGAGGAAGUCUGAGCAGAACAUAGUACCACCUGUAACGAGGUCUGUGACAGUGCCAGAUACGGGCUCUAUUUGGGAACUUCAGUCAACAGCCCCACAGGCUACAGUCUGGGAAGGAAGCAGUGUCUGGGAUCUCCCAAUUGAUACUACAGCUCAGGGACCAGCUCUAGAACAAUUGCAGCAGCUUGAAAAGGCCAAAGCUGCAAAGCUAGAGCAGGAGCGGAGAGAAGCAGAACUAAGGGCCAAACGAGAAGAAGAGGAGCGAAAGAGGCAGGAGGAGCUUCGGAGACAACAGGAAGAACUUCUUAGGAGACAAGAGGAAGAAAGAAAAAGACGAGAAGAGGAGGAGCUAGCUCGCAGGAAGCAGGAGGAAGCCCUGAGGCGACAGAGGGAACAAGAAAUUGCACUAAGACGGCAGCGGGAGGAAGAGGAACGGCAGCAACAGGAGGAAGCACUUAGAAGACUUGAGGAGAGGAGAAGAGAAGAAGAGGAAAGACGGCAGCGAGAAGAGUUGCUUCGUAAACAGGAAGAGGAGGCUGCCAAGUGGGCGCGUGAAGAAGAGGAGGCAAAGCGCCGACUAGAAGAAAACAGGCUGCGCAUGGAAGAGGAAGCAGCUCGACAGCGGCACGAAGAGGAAGAACGAAAGCGGAAGGAGCUGGAACUCCAACGCCAGAAAGAAAUUCUGCGGCAAAGGCAGCAGCAGCAGGAGGCUUUACGCCGACUGCAGCAGCAGCAACAGCAGCAGCAACUUGCACAAAUGAAGCUUCCUUCUUCAUCAACAUGGGGUCAGCAAUCUAAUUCAAGGUCAUGUCAGUCCCAGGCAACAUUGUCAUUAGCAGAGAUCCAGAAGCUUGAAGAAGAAAGAGAACAGCAGCUUCGAGAAGAGCAAAGGCGCCAACAGCGUGAACUAAUGAAAGCCCUCCAACAGCAGCAGCAGCAGCAGCAGCAACAACAACAACAGAAACUAUCUGGCUGGGGCAGUGUUGCCAAACCUGUAGGCACUACAAAAUCCCUCUUGGAGAUUCAGCAGGAAGAGGCAAGGCAGAUGCAGAAGCAGCAACAGCAACACCAGCAGCAGCCAAACAGGUCCCGCAACACGACACAACAUUCUAAUCUGCACACCAGCAUUGGCAAUUCCGUAUGGGGCUCGCUAAACACCAAUCCUAGCAGCCAGUGGGCAUCAGACCUUGUCAGCAGUAUUUGGAGCAAUGCUGACACAAAAAACUCAAACAUGGGAUUCUGGGAUGAUGCAGUAAAAGAAGUGGAACCUCGUAAUGCAACCAAUAAAAACAAAAGCAAUGCUAGCAUCAGUAAAUCUGUAGGUGUUACAAGCCGGCAGAAUAAAAAGGUAGAAGAAGAAGAGAAAUUGUUGAAGCUGUUUCAAGGGGUUAAUAAAGCCCAGGAUGGAUUCACUCAGUGGUGUGAACAAAUGCUUCAUGCACUCAACACAGCUAACAACCUGGAUGUUCCCACAUUUGUUUCUUUCUUGAAGGAAGUGGAAUCACCUUAUGAGGUUCACGAUUAUAUCAGAGCCUAUCUCGGAGACACCCCUGAAGCCAAGGAAUUUGCCAAGCAGUUUCUUGAGCGCCGUGCCAAACAGAAAGCCAGCCAACAGCGGCAGCAGCAGGAUUCUGUCUGGGGGAUGAACCAUAGUUCAUUACAUUCAGUCUUUCAGACUAAUCAGAGCAACAACCAGCAAUCCAACUUUGAGGCAGUGCAGAGUGGCAAAAAGAAGAAAAAACAAAAAAUGGUUCGUGCAGAUCCCAGCUUGUUAGGUUUCUCUGUCAACGCCUCAUCAGAGCGGCUCAAUAUGGGAGAAAUAGAGACUUUGGAUGACUACUGAGUAUAUGCAACUCGACUGGCUUCUCGUGUGUCUGUUAACCAUGCAUUCUCCACUGCUGGACAGUACUUUCUGUCUCCUGCAAUCAUCUUUGCCUUGCAAAAUGGACCCCAGAAUCAAAUCAUCUCAGGCUGCUUUUUCUAGCCUCAACAAGUCCUUUCUGCCCAAGAUUGCACAAUCUCCUUCAUUUAUAUCAGCCUCUGGUUCUUUCUGCUGGGUAGGUGGGAAAAAAGAUUUAUUCAUGAGGCUGAGGGCAAAUUACUGUGCUGUGAUUUCUUCUCCCAAGUUAUUUGGAAAGCCAUUUGGAGGUCUACAUAUGGUAGCUUCCUUCCCUUCCUUCAUCACUCUCAUCCUAUCUAACUGGUGCAAUCAUGGUGGAGAGCUCAUGGUUAACAGAUGUCAUUCAAAACCAAAAUGCCACGCAGAUCCUGACUUCCAUGCUCCGUCAGGUCUAAAGAUGCCUUCCGUAUCUGGAGGUACAUUCAUAAGCUACCACUAGAGCUGGAAACAGCAGGAAGCGAUGGGCAGCAUACAGCUUGGAUUGGAUUGGAUUUGCACAUCCCUGCCAGCCCUUCUUCAGCACACUGAAUCUGGAGAGGAAGUUUAAGUCUGUCUUCAUCGGGUGGUGAUGUCAGAGCUGCUGGAAGUCAUGUUUCAGCAUGCUCCAGCCUUCCUGGACAAUUGGGGACUCAAGUUGUGGGAGGAAGCAUACAUCUCUUAUUUCAGGCUGAAUUUUCCUGUAAUUAUACUUCCUCCAGAGUGAUUGGGCCAGUUAUUUUGGACCCUUCUGCUGUGAAUUUGUCUCGUUUCAGAGACGCAUAGGAUCUUUACCAUCUGUAUCUUCACCUGUUGGUUUUGUGUGAGAGUUGACACUACUUUUGGAACUUGAAACCUAGCCAGAUUCAUCUGGUGACAUAUGGUGAUGGUCCAGAAUUUUGUAAGUUCUGCAGCAGCAUUAACGCCAAGAGCAGGGAGCUAUCAUCUUCCAAGUGAAAUAAACGAGACAAGGAAUCUGAGCAUUAGCAGCGUCUCUGUUUGUAAAAACCACAUGGAGGGAUAAAGUAAGGAGUGCUGAUCCUCACUAUGUAGUACACUCUCCCAUCACUUCCAGUCGACUGUGCUUAGAUACUUGUCACUCAAAAUCUUCUGUCCCUACCACCAGAAAUGUUAAACCAUCUGAAAUGGCCAGUGCACUUGGUUGUAGUCCCCUGCCCACGCUCCCACUUGCACAGGGUUGCAGUGUGCCCAUGGAAGUUACGCUGCUGCGUGAAGCAUCUUUUUCUGCCAUUGCCGCCUGAAGAAGAAAACUGAAGUUACUCCAGAGCAGUUUGAUUUAGAUUUUAUUUCAUUUGAUUUUUCUUCUCUUCUUCCUCUUCCCCCAAUGUGUACAGUAACUAUACAGAAAUGGCUGCAGACUUGUAUAUAGUUUUUGGAUCCAGUAGCACAGAGAGGCUGGGAGGUGCCACAGAUCUGGUCUCCUGAUCUCCUUUGCUUUGUAAACCUAUAAAGGGGAGGAAGGGGGUAGUUAAUGUUUACAGAACUUUAAAUUCCCUCUGAACUCUUGCUAAUAUGGGGGGGGUGAAAAAGAGAGAACUUAAAUAAAA